AAAAAUAUACAUAAUAUACAUUUAACUAUGUACAAUACAUUUAACUAUGUACAAUACAUUUAACUAUGUACAAUACAUUUAACUAUGUACAAUACAUUUAACUAUGUACAAUACAUUUAACUAUGUACAAUACAUUUAACUAUGUACAUUAUGUCGCACAUCACCAUUGUACUCUAAAUUCGUAAUUCGCACUGUUAUCGUCGGUCGAAAAAAUCUCACUGCAUCAUCGGUGAAUUUGGUCGAUAACAAAUACCGGAGUUAUAACACUUUUUAGUUAAUUUUAGUUUACUUUUAAUACUAUACACAUUAUACAUAGUUUGUAUAGUACACUAUAGUCUUUAAGGGGAUCAAUUAUUAUGUCAUCCAAAAAGGCAGUUACUAAUUCCUUACAAAUUAACAAUGCCUUAAAGGCAUUGGAUGAUAAACCUAAUGAAUUAAAACGAUUCGAUAUUCAUAUAACUGAAAGUGGGGAAGAAAAAUCAACUAAAGAAAGAUAUAUUACCAAUGUGGAAUAUCCUGUAGAUUAUUUACCAACUGAACAACAAUUAUUCUCGAAGAAUGGAUUACCAAAUUGUGAAUUUUUAAAAAAUCAUUUUAUUCGUCAAGGAAGAUUACAUGAAAGUCAUGCUAUAAAAAUUAUUAAUGAUGCAACAGAAUUAUUAAUUAAUGAACCAAAUUUAUUAGAUGUAAUGGCUCCUAUAACAGUAUGUGGAGAUAUUCAUGGACAAUAUUAUGAUUUAAUGAAAUUAUUUGAAGUAGGUGGAGAUCCAGCAACAACUAAAUAUUUAUUCUUGGGAGAUUAUGUUGAUCGAGGAUUCUUUUCUUCUGAAUGUUUACUUUAUUUAUAUGCAUUAAAAUUGAAUUAUCCUGAUAAAAUAUUUAUGUUACGAGGUAAUCAUGAAUGUGGACAUUUAACUGAUCAUUUUACAUUUAAAGCUGAAUGUUUACAUAAAUAUUCUAUUGAUUUUUAUGAAGAAUGUUUAACAUCAUUUAAUGCUUUACCAUUAGCUGCAAUUAUGAAUAAACAAUUCUUUUGUGUUCAUGGUGGUUUAUCUCCCGAUUUAAAAUCUUUAGAUGAUAUUCAAAAACUUGAUAGAUUUAUUGAACCACCUCAUAGUGGACUUAUGUGUGAUUUAUUAUGGGCUGACCCAAUUGAAGAUUAUGAUGAAGAUGUUAGUAGUCAUGCAUUUGUUCGAAAUGUAACUAGAGGAUGUUCUUAUGCAUUCACUUAUAAAGCAUCAUGUAAUUUCUUAGAAAGAACUCAAUUAUUAUCUGUAAUUAGAGCUCAUGAAGCUCAAGAUACUGGUUAUCGUAUGUAUAAACGUACUAAAAAAAUGGCUUUCCCAUCAGUUUUAACUUUAUUUAGUGCUCCUAAUUAUUUAGAUUGUCACCAUAAUAAAGCUGCAGUAUUAAAAUAUGAUGGAUCAGUUAUGAAUAUUCGACAAUUUGAAUGUCAACCUCAUCCUUAUUAUUUACCUGAUUUUAAAGAUGUAUUUACUUGGUCAUUACCAUUUGUUGGAGAAAAAGUUCUUGAUAUGUUAUUAUCUAUAUUAAACAUUUGUACUGAAGAAGAAUUAGAAGAAGAUACUCCAUUUAUUGAAGAAACUAUAGCUAACAGAGAUGAAAUUGAUGACUCUAAUAAUAAUAAUAAUAAUAAUAAUAAUAAUAAUGAAGAAGAAAAGGAAGAAGCAGCAGCAGUAGUAACGACAAUUACUAAAGAAUCUGAUGAAAGUAUAGAAGCCAAGAGAAUAGCAUUACGUAAUAAGGUUAUUGCUAUUGGAAGAAUGUCUCGUAUGUUUCAAGUUUUACGAGAAGAAUCUGAAAGUGUUGCUCAAUUAAAAUCUUUAAAUAGUGGUAUAUUACCUAAAGGAUCAUUAUUACAUGGUAGUGAUGGAUUACAACAAACAAUUAUGACAUUCCAAGAUGCAAGAAAAGCCGAUAUGAUUAAUGAAGCUUUACCUCCAACACCUGAACAAGCAAGACAAUCAGAAAAGGAACGUACUGAAAGAGCUCGAAAGGAUAUUGAAAGUGGUCAAAAUUCCAAUCCGGUAUUCCACAAAUUGAUAAGACGAUUAUCAGAAAAAUCUACCAAUUCGUAGAUAACACAUAACACACAAAAUACUGCACGUUUAGUUUAUAUACCCUCUAUUUUUUAUAUAAUGUACGAUAAAGAUCAAACGAACAAAAGAUAA